GAUGGGUAGUAGUAGUGGUGGUAUUGGUGGAUCAAUGGCUGCUAUUGGUGGUUGCAGGUUCCGGUACCGGUGGAACAAAUAUUUCAAUGCCUUAUUUUAUGCCAUCAUGGCCAAUGUGGCCAACAUCUGUUGCCACUAUGAAUGGUAUGUCCAAUAUAUCCGGUUAUACACCUGCUGCUGUUGCUACCAAUGUUGCAUGGAAUCCAUCAACAGCGGCAGCUGCUGCAGCAGCAAUAGCAGCUACAGCCGCUGCUGGCCCACCAAAUUGGACACCGUUUGGACAUCCAUAUCCACCUGGAUGGCCAACGCCAACCGGUAUGCAUAAUCCAUAUGGAUCGUCAACACCUCAUCAACAACCAGGAACACCAGCGACUGUAGGAUUACAACCACCACCAACAACACCACAACAACAUCAUCCAAUGUCUCCCGCAUCAUUUGGUCAUAGUUCGGCAACUUCUGCUGUAACAUCAGGUGUUGUACAUACACAUCAACCACAACAACAACAUCCACCUCCACCAUCAACAAAUUUUCUUCCACCACCACCAGCACAUAAUAUGACUUCCAUGAAUCCAAAUCACCAUCAUCAUCAAAUGGCCAAUGGUGGUGUUGGUGGUGGUUCUACUAGUUCUGUUUCCAAUUCAAUUAUUCCAACAGCAAUUGGCCAAACUUCUAUUGGAAAUUAUCAUCAUGAAACAAAUAGCUUUAGUGGUGUUGGUCAUACAUUAUCACAUCAACAACAACCUGUUGGUCCAAAUAUAACCAAUAUGUAUAGACCAACCGCAGCAACAACAGGUGUUGGUGCUGCCGGAUAUCCACAUGUUACGGCUGCUGCUAUGUUGAAUAAUACUCAUCCACAACAUAAUCAUCAUCAUCAUCAUUCAGCAGCUGCAAAUUCAAUAAAUGCAAUAACAAAUAAUUUACCAACAACGACAAUGAUUCCAACACAACAACAACAACAACACUCAUCACAAACACCAAUAGCAGUAAUAGCAGCACAACCUAUUCAUUCAUCAUCAUCAUCAUCAUCUGAUUAUAUAAUUGGUGGAUCAUUUACUAUGCCACAAUCUCAACCAAUACCACCGCCACAAUUACAACAGCCAAAUAUUAGUGGUGGUGCUGUGGUGGUAUUGUUAAUCCAAAUUCAUAUAAUCAACAAUCAUUUCAUGGAUCUCGAAUGAUGAAUAUACAAUCACAGAAUCAAGGAUAUCAUCCAUACAGACGAUCAUAAUAAUUGAUUGAUUGAUGACACACACACACACACAGACAAUCAACGAAUUUCAAUUUACCAAUCUUUAUUGUUGGAAAUAUUCUUUAUUUCUUUAUAUUUCUUACUGGUUCAUCGUUGCUGUUUUUUUUGUAAUCCACCGUUUUUUUUUUGAUUGAGAAAAUGAAUCAUUCUUUCGAAUAUAUUUGCUCUUACCAUCCCACCAUCCUUUCCCGGUCUUUCGUUCAUCUAUUUUUUAGACCUAUUUACGACAAACAAAAAAAACGAAAGCCCGGAUUUUUUUUUCUUGAUUGAUAUAUCAAUGAUCCUCAUUGGAAAUUUGUUUAGAUUUUCAGUGUUUUUUGUUCUGUUAUGAAUCAAAAUUUU